AUGAACGAUAAAACAGAAAAAGAAGUGGCGAGAGAAAUCCACUCUACAUUAUAUUCAAAGAAAAAAAAUGCACAAAAACAUGUAAUCGAGAGAUAUUUCGAUGUUAAUGCUGUUUUCGAAGAUCCUAUCGUCAGCAUCCAAGGUCACGACAAAAUAAUCCGCCAAUUCAUUCUUCUGUCUACGAUGUUUUUAAAUAUAACACCCGAAAUUCAUACUAUCACUGAUACAGAAGUAGCAGGAAACCAUCAUAUAGUUAGUAUCGACGCAUUUAUCAAAUAUAGGUUACCUUUAAAACUACUACUUAUUCGUAAUGAAAUAGAAUUACGUACAAUUACACGAUUUGAAUUUAAUGAGCAACAAAAAAUUGUUAAACAUGAAGAUAUUUGGAGUUUAAAAGAUUUAUUAGAAAAUUUACCAAUUAUUGGAUGUGUUUAUUCUGGAAUCGGGAGGAGAUUUACUGGCAUUGUUACAAACCAACUAGUGAUUUUGGUACAAGAAACUAUUAAGGUUUGGAAGCAUGAAUCAUAA